AAGCAGCAGUUCCAGAAGAAGUGUCCGGGAAGGACAGACUGAGGCAGGGAACUUCUACUUUCCAACUUUCGCGCUCGGCCUGUGAGGGUACGAAGUGUGGGACGUACAACAGCUGGAAGGUGAAGCAGCAGAAACAAGAGGGGGAGGCGAGGUCACUGGGCGUAAGCAAAUGGCAACCCGGCAGACGGGGGUGGAGAAGCGGAGGGAGACAGCUGGGGAGAGGGGAGACGCGGCGGAUAAGUUAGAGGGAGUAAGCGGAGGUAGAGCGGAGUGAAUGGAAGGCGCGAGAGUGACAACUACAGCACAGAAUGGGAAAGCUAUUAGAGAAGUCAUCUUUAAAGUGCCAGGGUUUCUCAGCCCAUGAUGACAUGAAUCCAAGGUUAUCCAGACUGGGAGUACGCUAGGAAACAUCAUUGCUGCUGGAGAAAGAUAUCCAAAGACAAAUGAAAAUUGGGCACUGUGUGAAAUGGAAGAUCUGCAGCUUGAUGUUGACAAUGAUCACUUGCCUGUUUACAUUCCUCAUUCCGACCCAGGGAGAACUUUAUUUUAUGGGGAUAGUGAGGAAGAAAUGACCAUGGUAUGUGCCCAUCUUGGUGGGCCCACAACAAACUGUGUUGCCCAUGCCAGCAAUUCAAUUGUCUGGUGUAAAAAGGAUCCCAGAGCAACACAUGGCGAUGUAUUUGGCCCAGGUACGCCUACUGCUGUGCCCUGUGAGACAAGGAAUGAUCUGUGCACUGAAACUGUAAGAGGUGAGGAACAAUAUCCCUUCAUGCCUUUGGCACCCUCCAGCACAAGGAGCCAAGAUAAGGAAAAGGACAGUGUGACUACCAAUUUAAUACUGGUGAGCAUGAUCCAGGCUCAGCUGUGUAUGGAGGAACUUCAAGAUGAGAUUGAUAAAAAUGAGAAACCUUGGAGACCUCAAAAGACUUUUUGUUACCAAGAGAAAGAUUCAUUGACAGAUUUGGACCCAUUUUAUGAAGACCCAGAGGAUUAUACGCAGGAGAAAGCAGAUCUAAAGGAAGGCCAUGAGAAUGAUGAGGAUUUCAAUGAGGACGAGAUACAAGAUGAAAGUUUGUUCUGUGAAAAUCCUUUAUUUAGGGGCACUCCACCUCCACACCCUGUUCAUGCCCAUUCACAAGCACACUUAGAUCCGAGGACUAUCAGUUAUGGCCUCAUCUCAUGUGAUGAAGACAAGAACCUUGAGAAAGGAUUAGAUUGUGGUCAGACAUUGCCAUCCAAAGGAUGGCAUAAUAAAGCUAAUUCUACAAGCGGGUAUUCUGAGAGGCAGGUGAUGCAAGCGGCGGAAUCAUUGGAAAUCCUCCAGAUAGUUGAAGAUUGGGAGCAAGAAGCGGCCUUAUCCAAAACCCUGAGCAGAGGCAAAUGGUCUCCACCUGUUGUCCCUCACUGUGUUAAGGAGAAGCCAGUGUGUAAUUACAUGGAAUUGCAAUCCAAAGAACCUACCCAAGACCAGAGCAACUGCUCAUUACUGGACCAGGUUAAUGGAAAGUACUGCAAAACCAGAAACCCAGUAGCCGAUGAUUGUACAUCCCAAACCCCAGAGCCAGAGAAGCCAGAUAGGAAUCAGAGUUCCACUUGGCCUUGGCCCCUUGGUACUUCACUUGUAGAGACCCGUACCUCAUUCCAGAGGGCAGAUGAUGUGGGUAAGUCUGCUUCUCUGGAUGUUCCAUUGGAAGAGGAAGGAUUACUGUUUUCUCCUUCCGGUUCAUCCCUGGUUUCAGCUCUCUUCAUAUCAAAUGACUCAGAUCAUGACGCCCAAGCGCCCCUGGAGAAUGUACCUGCUCUUCAUAUUCAGGACAUGCCACUAGAUGAGAGGAGAGACCAUGACCUGGAAGAUCAUCUUGUAUGCCAAGGAUGCCAAGACAAGGAGCAGGCAGUUAGAACAUUGCCAUUAAAAGAGAGGGAGGAAGAAGUGCCGGUGCUACAACAGGAUGGACCUGUGAUUGUCAUUGAGCAGAUUAAUGAAGAACCCACACAGAUAAACAUGGAAACAUCUGGUUCUAAGGAGGUACCAAACGGAGAUCCUGUUACAAAUGACGACAGUCAGGAUCAUGAGACAGCAAGGAGAUUGGCAUCAAAUCUUUUUAAGUUGGAUGGCUUUGAAAGGUCCCAGGUGGCUCCUUAUCUUCAGAAAAACAAUGCGUUCAGUGCCAAGGUGGCAGAGGAAUAUCUCUCCUUCUUUGACUUCACUGGAAAACCUCUGGAUGUGGCUCUCAGGUCCCUCCUGCAGGAGCUGGUGCUGACUGGGGAGACUCAGGAGAGGGAGCGUGUUCUGCUGCAUUUCUCUAGGCGCUUCCACAGCUGCAACCCUAAGGACUUUGGCUCUUCUGAUGCUGUACACACGCUGACCUGUGCAAUCAUGCUCCUGAAUUCUGACCUACAUGGGCAGAACAUUGGCAAGAGUAUGAGCCUGCAGGACUUUAUCAAUAACUUGGAAGGAAUGAAUGAUGGAGCCCAUUUCUCCAGGGACAUUCUCAAGGCACUGUAUAACUCUAUCCGUAAUGUUAAGCUGGAAUGGGCAAUAAGUGAGGGGAACCUGGCAAGCACUCUGGUACCGAAGCCCGAAAAUAUUCUUUCUGUUCGUAAGAAGAGCAAUCCUUUCCUUGAUGUGCUUGUCCCAGAUCCGGAUGCUCCUGUUUACAAACGUGGGACAUUACAGCGGAAGGUUCAUGCAGACAUAGACGGCAAGAGGACUCCCUGGGGAAAACGAGGGUGGAAGUCGUUCUAUACAGUGUUAAAGGGAAUGCUACUGUUUUUACUCAAGGAUGAGUACAGGGCAGACUGGCAGUCACCAGAGGAAGUUAUAAGUUUGCAUCAUGCCUUAGCGGAACCGGCCAAUGAAUACACCAAGAAACAGUACGUGUUCCGGCUGCAGACUGCUGACUGGCGAGUCUUCCUCUUCCAAGCGCAGACUGCAGAGCAAAUGAAUUCAUGGAUCAAUCGUGUCAAUCUGGUAGCUGCCAUGUUUUCGUCACCACCAUUCCCUGCCGCCAUUGGCUCGCAGAAAAGAUUUGUCCGGCCGAUCCUUCCUUCAACUCAGUGCAAGCUAAGCCUGGAUGAGCAGCUACAGUCACAUGAGACCUGGAUGGACACGUUUAAUGACGAUCUAACAGAGCAUCAGCGCAACUUGCCAGACGGCAAGAUCAAAACUCGCAACUGGGAGGAUCACCAUGUAAAAGAUGAGUAUCUCCGCUUUGAGAAAACCAGGUACGAGACUUAUGUAAAGCUGCUGGCCUUACGCAUACAGGGAGGAUGUGAAGACAUCAACACCUGGGAGUCCAUGCUUACAGAACCUGAUGGGGCCAGUGAGGAGACUAAUGGGGAAUUAAAGAGGUCCCACUCAAGCCCUUCACUCAAUGCUGAAAGUUCUCCAGUGGUUGUAAAGGUUAAACGCAACAUCUCCGAACGUCGAACGUACCGCAGGAUCAUCCCCAAGCGUAAUAAGAACCUUGCUUGAUCAAAGUACCUCCUGCAAUAUGGAAGCACCCCUCUUUUCACUUGUAAGGGCUUAACCUUAUAGGUGCCCUCUACUGAAAAGGAAAUAUAUAGUGGAAAACUGCACUAUGGGAGUUUGGAUAUGGCUGGGAAGAAUUACACAGAUGUGUGUAAAAGCCAUGAAGUAGCGUAGGCUGUCUUCACCCACCCAAGCACUUAACAUGUGGCUGAUCAACACGUAGUAUGGUCCAUGUUCUUGGAUCAUAUGGAAACCCUAAAGCUAGACCAUACUUAAAUGUGAGCCUUAUAGAUCCUGCAAUGCUUUGUCUCAAUUACAGGGUAACUAUUUCCUUAUUGGACAGCUGGAUUUGCUAUAGUUUACUGUAGCUGUUGCUUUCGGACAGUAUUCUCUGCCUUUACACCUAGAUGGCGCUAAUGACUUAUGUUAAAGAGUAUUCUACAAGAGGAAAUUCUAUAGCAGAGAGCUCUCCCGCGCUUUUACAUAAUAUUACUGAGCCAAAAAAAAGUUUAAGAAUAUUAAUUUAUUUUAUUAGAUGUUAUUUAGUUCUCAGACAGGUCUCAGGCUGUGUAAUGCUUGUUGUGAUUGCUAGUUGCACAGCAUUUCAAUUAAACACCAUCUGUAACUUUUUUCAGGUAGAGUCCAGCUGACUGCACAUUACUCUCCCCAGGUAAAUGUACACCUGCUACAUGCCUAUACUUGAAAGCUGUAAGUUGAGAAAUAGAAGGAUCUGGAUAUAACAGUUAUGCUGGAACUUGCAUGGUUCCUCCAUAGGAACAUAGAAAUGCAUUGGGGCAGUAUAACAUUGUCAGAUAGAGAAGAGAGGGCAGUUCUCUUGAGUUCAGUGCCUAAUAGACAGGGCAAGAAAAUGUACUUGAUAAGAUAUUAUUGCAUUGUUUAGUGACUUUACAUAUUUGCCUUGUAAGCAUAUUUUUAUACAUACACUGUUAUACACAGUGACCAAGGCCCCAAAAGACCUGAAUUGUCAGUGAGCAGGCGCACACCGUUACAGAAAUCUCUGUAUGUGAAACAGUCAGCCGAAACGUCAUUUAGCCACUCCCCACGCAUUUCGCAGUGUAUUUGGUAUGAUAUGGUUCUGCAGUACAAGAGAAGCCAAUUGAUGUAUUUGAGCCUUGCUGCUCUAUUUGUGUUUACAAACCUCCCACUGCCUUUGAUCUUAAACUUGCUCGGCUUGUGCCAGCCCCACUGAUAAAGAGCCCCACGCUAUAUCAAGAUGAUUGGUCCAGUAUGUCUUCCUAUGGUCUCUGUGCUGCUGCCUUUAUAUUACUAUAAGAUUAUUAUUAUAAGACUGAGUCUUUUGCUUUUUCCCAGGAAGAAUUGGAUGCUUUUGCCUCAAAUAAAUGCAUUUCAUUAUGGCCUCUCUGAGAACAGUAAGGCUCCCUCUUGCAGGGCAUGGAUAGGGAACAAUAGUAUUUGUUUUGUGUAGGAUGAUGGUACUACUGUAAUCUUAGAGUAAUCUACAUAUGUUUUCAGUGUGAGUUUGUGCAGUCACAAUAUCUAGACCAACUUUUUCAGGCUUUCUGGGAUCAAGUCUCUUUACAAUUCAACAUUUCUUUGGGUGAAAAUUUGCCCGAAUCUCACUCUAGCUGGCCUUCAGGCUGCGGGUCCUCUGCACAGCUGCGCUGUAGAGUUCAUUUUGCCUUCUCAGUAGCUGCGCUCAGUAACUCUGCCUCUCAGGUACUUGGUUUCGAUUUUACAACUUGCAGGGCCUCUCUGCUCCUGCUUUUUUGCACUUGAAGACAAUCUUAAAUAAAAACGUUAUAUUUAAAG